AUGGUGCUGGUGCUGAUACGUCUCCGACCCUUGGCAAGACCGUCUCAAAGGGGAUUGGGGCAGUUGACCGCGACUCCGAAGCAGGAAUGCAAGUCGCGCAGUGAUGAGAGCAACGGAACUGAAGAGGCUGACAAGAUUGCGCUACCACAACCGAAGAAGGCCAAUGAUAGACCACGAGGUGUGAAGCGUGCACUGGCUCCAGAGGGAGAUCCUUCUGGUAGUCCCACGACGCGUUCACGAAACUUCGCCGAAGAGGGAAGUGUUGGAGAAGACGUCAGACUCUAUCCUCUGAAGCUCCCACGGAGACAGAGGCAAGAGUUGGCGGAGCAGAAGCAUCAGAUGCAAAGCCAGGCUAUUAUUGCAAAGAAAGGCCGUGAUUUGUUGGCUCAAAGCUUGAUUGAGAUUGCCAAGAGUGAACGAGAGAAGGAAAGAACUCGGCUUUUUCAUGAAUCAUACCGUGUUGGCGUCCAGCGACGCUCCCCCGUCGGGCAAUCUGAUGGCUGGGAGGGUGGAACAGAGGCGGCGGCGAUUGCGCAGCUCAAGGCCAAGCUUCGCCGGGAGCGUGAAUUGGUGGAAUCAGACAGGCGGUCAGUACAAAGGCAGAUGAAGAAGGCGAUGGAGACCGAAGAUGCCGAGAACGCACCGAAUACAGACGACCCAGACGAGUUCAUGGAGACAAGAGAAGUGUGCAACCAUCGAGCUGAGUACAUCAGGCGUGAAGAGGCUGCUCUAAAGGAUCGAGAGCACCGGCUGAUGGCCGACCGGACACUCUUUCAGAAGCACGAGAUGUUGGCCAAUACCCAAGAGCGAUCUCGCUUCAAGCACUAUCCCAUGUUGCAGGAGAGAUUUCAGCUGCUAAACGUCAUUGGCAAAGGAGGCCAAAGCGAAAUCUACAAGGCCUUUGACCUGGAACAGAUGUGCUUUUGUGCAAUCAAGAUCCACGAGACAGAGACGAAAAUCUCAGAUCAGCAAGCCCGCUACCUUGCAUAUAGGGCCGUACAAGAACUGAAGAUACACAAGACCUUGCAGCAUUCUCGCAUUGUACAGUUACGCGAGUACUUUCAGAUAGACACCAGUGCAUCUACAGUUUUUGCCAUGGUCCUGGAGUUGUGUGAGGGAGAAACGUUGGACAUGAGACUCAAGAUGCAUGGGCCGAUGCCAGAAAAGGAAGCCAAGAGCAUCAUCGUCCAAAUCCUGAACGGCCUGCGCUACUUGAACUCCGCUGGUCGAAAGAUCAUCCACUACGAUAUCAAGAUGAGUAUGCAUACCACCCAGGAGUGGGCGCAAAGCGCUCACUACAAUAUGUACCAAGCACAGGCCACACAUCGAAAGGCUGUGGAUCAGCAGGAUCGCUCCAGCCGGGCUCAUGAAGAGGUGAUUUCCGACAAUCUGGGCAUGCAGCCUGGAUGGAAAGAAGGUGCUGCUUUCUGUAGUCCUGCGAUUUUUGAAAGGUACAAUGAGCUACACAGCUCCUUGGAACAAAAAGUGAGGACCUCGCAGAGGCUAGUUGAGAAGCUUCAGCUUCGUGCUCAAUCCGUUGAGAACUCCCUGCAACAUACCAAGCAAACCUUGGUGAAGUUGGAGGAGGCUUUGGUUGCCAAAGAUGCACCGCUUACGCUCUGCGCUUGGCGAAUGGAACAGAGAGAACGGCGGCCAUUGCGGGAACAAGUUCGUGAUGCAGCAGAAGUUUGUCUUGAAAUGGAGAAAACCACCUUGAUUGAUGCUCAAGGGAAGUUGAAGGAAUUCAUUAAGAAGACCAGGGCAGCCAUCACUUCCUUGGAGGGCAAAUUAGAAGAACUUCGAUAUGACAUCCAGCAGAAGAGUCAAGCCCUUUCUGUGGAUGAGCUGUGCCUCCGCACCACCUCCCGAAGUUUGGAAACGGUGUCCGAGCGCAGCACCUUCCUCCGGCAAGGCGGGCAAGGAGCCAGUUCAGGAUGUUCAGGCAGCCGCAAUCUGCCAAGCAAAAUACGCGGUGGAGCCCAAUCAGCCAGACAUGAAGUAGCAUCACAGGAAGGUUCCCGCAAUGAAAUUUUGAGGCAGCAAGAAGCCUUGAGGUUGAAUCAAUCAGCUAUCCAUCGUGAGCAAGCAGCAAAAGAAUUGCGAGAAGAGGCAUCCAAAUUGAUUCAGCGUGUGGCACGAGCUGCUGAAGAUGCCACCGCCAAGACAGACAAAUCAAUGAAGGACCGAGUGAAUGAGAAUCAGCAGAUGCGGAGGCGCUUGGAAUCAGAGCUACGUGAAACAUGCAACCAGAUCAACGUUACCAAGAACACCAUCCAAGAUACUAAGACACAAAUCCGAUCAUUGGAAGAGCCUAUGGAGUUGACUUCCACAUGUGCAUCCUGGCGUCAGCAGCGCGCUUCAAGGGAAAAGACCCAGGAUCCUGUGAGUAGCACCCUGCAGCAACAUCAGAUGAUCCUGCUGAGGUGUCAUGAGGACCUGAGACAGCAUCAUCAGAAUGAGAAGAAUAUCCUGCAAGAAUUGCAGGAAAAAAAGGAACAGUUGAAAGAAGACCUUCAGGACAAGACCUGUGCUUUGCACAUCGACCUGAACUGCCUCACCCAUGAGGCCACCUGCCUGAAUGGCAAGCCCAGUCCAGCCAUCAGCCGUCAGCGACUACCAAAGGCUAUGAAGGUGGACCCCACCUUUGUCCCAACUCCAGGGGCCCACGCGGUCACCCACCUGCCAUUGACGGCCCGGUGAGAUCCAGUGACGCAAUGAGUCGAUUUGCUGAUGGCCAGCUGUGUUUAAAGCGGUGAUGUCGAAGGCACACCAAGCCAUGCUUCGUUUCAGCCUCGACAAAGUCGAUUGAGCCGUUUCACGGGGCAAAACUGGUGAGAUCUAAUGAGAAUGCAAAGGUUU